UGUUGCUUGUGCCGCAGCGGAGGGCAAGUAGCCGGGCAGGGAGUCGGACAGGGAGCCGGACAGGGGCAGGGCGGUAGGGCCGGAGCCUCGAGGGGAGUUGGCGGCCGCGCCGUCGGGGCCGCACCGGUCCGCGCCCGGAGCCUGCAUGGGGCGGCGGCGCUGAGCCCUGCCGCCCCGCUGCUGCUGCCGCUGCGCUCCCGCCCCGGCCCCGCCAUGGCCGAGGCACCGCAGCUGGUGGACAUCGACCCCGACUUCGAGCCGCUGCCGCGGCCCCGCUCCUGCACCUGGCCCCUUCCGAGGCCGGAGUUCAACCCCCCUAGCUCGGCCACCUCCAGCCCGGCGCCGUCGUGUGGCGGGCAGCCCGAGGGGUCGGCUGGUGCCGCGGCCGCUGCCGCCGCCUCGGGAGGGCUCACCUCGGACUUCAUCAGCAAUCUCAGCCUGCUAGAGGAGAGCGAGGACUUCGCGCCGCUGCCCCCCACUGCCGCUCCGCCGGAGGCGGCCGCCUGCCGCUGCGGGGACUUCCCGGCGCCCGAGCCCGGUUGCCGCCUCCACCCGCCGGGGCCGCCGCCGGUGCCGCCGGUACCGCCUCCCGUGGCCGGUCUGUCGCCGGGCCCGGUGACCGGACAGCCCCGCAAGAGCAGCUCAUCGCGGCGCAACGCCUGGGGCAACCUGUCCUACGCGGACCUCAUCACCAAGGCCAUCGAGAGCUCCCCGGAGAAGCGGCUCACCCUCUCCCAGAUCUACGAGUGGAUGGUCAAGAGCGUUCCCUACUUCAAGGAUAAGGGCGACAGCAACAGCUCGGCUGGCUGGAAGAAUUCAAUCCGUCAUAACCUGUCACUGCACAGCAAGUUCAUCAGAGUGCAGAAUGAGGGAACAGGGAAGAGUUCCUGGUGGAUGCUCAAUCCUGAAGGAGGAAAGAGUGGCAAAUCUCCUAGGCGACGAGCAGCAUCCAUGGAUAACAACAGCAAAUUUGCCAAAAGCAGAGGCAGAGCUGCCAAGAAAAAAGCAUCCCUUCAGUCUGGGCAAGAGGGAAAUGGUGACAGCCCUGGGUCGCAGUUCUCAAAGUGGCCUGCGAGCCCCAGCUCUCACAGUAAUGAUGACUUUGAUAACUGGAGUACAUUCCGGCCUAGAACUAGCUCGAACGCUAGUACCAUUAGUGGAAGACUUUCUCCAAUUUUGCCAGAGCAAGAUGAUCUUGGAGAGGGGGAUGUGCACUCCAUGGUAUACCCAUCAUCAGCCACCAAAAUGACUUCUACUCUACCCAGCCUUUCAGAGAUGAGUAAUUCCGAGAACAUGGAAAAUCUUUUGGAUAACCUUAAUCUUUUGUCACCUAAUACAUCAAUGACUGUGUCAACCCAGUCUUCAUCUGCUACCCUGAUGCAGCAAACACCAGGUUACUCGUUUGCCUCCUCGACCACAAGUAUAGGUUCACCAAAUCCAGACUACAGGAAAUUUACGUAUGCUCAAGCUAGCAUGAACUCUUUGCCCCAGAUCCCUAUGCAGGCUCUUCAAGACAGUAAAUCAAGCUAUGGAUCGAUGAGCCAAUAUAACUGUCCUGCAGGACUUUUGAAGGAGUUACUGACUUCCGAUUCUCCACCGCACAAUGAUAUCCUGGCACCAGUAGACACUGGCGUUUCCCAGGCUGGUGGCAGGGCGCUGGGCCAGGGUGUGCUGAUGGCCCCUAACUCGGUGAUGCCAACUUAUGGCAGUCAACAGCCCCACAACAAAAUGAUGAACCCUAACGCCCGCCCUCACCAAGGACAUAACCAGCCAACACCUGCAGUUAAUGGUCGUGCCUUGCCACACACAGUGAACACCAUGUCACAUACUUCAGGUCUAAACCGCUUGUCGACAGUGAAGACUUCGUUACAAGUGCCUAUGAGUCACCCAAUGCAGAUGAAUGCUAUGAACCCCUACGCCCCUGUUAACAGUUGCAAUGGCUAUGGAAGGGUGGGAAUUGUUUCCCUCCACCAGGAGAAGCUUCCCAGUGACUUAGAUGACAUGCUAAUUGAACGGUUGGACUGUGACAUGGAGUCGAUUAUCCGUAAUGACCUUAUGGAUGGAGAAACGUUAGAUUUUAACUUUGACAGUGUAUUGCCUAACCAAAGUUUUCAGCACAGCGUAAAGACAACCACACACAGUUGGGUGUCAGGUUAGGAUGUAGUAGGAGGUAAGCUGUGCUUUUUAUGAUAAAUCUGAAAAAGGAAAAAAGAGAUCUAAGAAUGCUUAAAAUCUGGGUGGUCUUCUGUCUUGGCAUGUGAAGUGCCUCACACUCAGUGACUUUCCAGUCCUUUAUUCAUUUGUAAAUCAAAUUUGUACCAUUGCAUUAGGAUUGCCAUGUGCCAACUUCUGUUACUUCUCGUGGAGUACUAAUAUUUUGCCAUUACUAUUUCCAACAAAAAACUUGCUGGUAACUAGCAAUUAUUGAAUAUAUUUUUCCCCAUUUUAAGUUAUCUUAAAGCUAGUUUGAGCAUACUUUAAUGGUUUUAAUAUUUUGGUGUGACUGUUAAUUUCUUCUUUCUGUUGUUUUGUGUUUGUGGCUUUUUUUUUCUUUUUUUCUUUUUUUCUUUUUCUCCUAGGUUACGGUUAAAUUCUCCAGACUUGUCUGACAGCAGGAACUGAGAAAAGCAGUAAAAAGAUGUCCUUCACCUUCCUUUUAAAUUUUCUUGACAAAGCUGUGCACAUGCACUAGCUUUCUUUGGGGUCUUUUUUUUUUUUUUUUUUUUUUUUUUUUUUUCUGUUUUCUUCCUUUCGUCAGAGUUGGCAGCAGAGUAUUUUCCUGUACAGGAUGUUUGCCCAAGGUUUGCAGGUUUUGUGCUGCUGUAGAUAAGAACUGUACCAUUGGAAGUUCCAUUACUCUGAAGUGCCAAAUUCACUACACCAUAUAAUCACAGCAAAGACUCUUACUCACAUCAUCGUGUGCUUUUGGUUUUGUACAGUAUGGUAUGUAGAAGAAGAAUUGUUUUUUAAGACUAUCUGUUAUGGUCCAAGAAAAGUUUAUAAACUUUUGUAAGAAUACUGUGAUGAUCUCAUGCCCUACGUAAGUUUAACCUUUGUUGAUGUUACCUGUGUUUUAUGAAUUGAGAGAACUGUGGACUUGCCUUGCAGCAGUACGAACUGCAUUAUUUUACUCAAAAUUGCCACACAUUUCAUAUGGGAACAGAAUAGCCUGAUAAAUAUGAUCUUACUAAACUCACUGACUAUUCAGAGCAAACAGUAGGUUAAAUGCCAUUUGAUAAGUUACCUGUAUUAAUGUAAAUUUAUGCAAGAAUAUAUCUGGAUUUCAUUGUCAGACUAAUGACUUUAUUGUUGGACUUAAGAUAAUUUUUUGGAAUACCUUCCAAGCUAUUUUUCUUAUAAUUAAAGUCUACUUUUGUUACAUAGGCAACUUAAAAAGAAAAAAAAUCUGAGACCUGACAGCGUUCAUAACCUCUUCAUUUUGUACAGUAUUUUAACUGGAUUAAGUACACGUUUUUAUAAAUUUCCCUAGCACUUGGGAGUGCUAAUAAAGGAAAAGCUUAAUAAGUAUCUUGAAUACAAAAAAUUCCUGUCCCUUUUUUGUUGUGUGAUGUAUAAAUAUAGAUAACUUCUUGUUUAGGAAAUAUUUAAUCAGUUUUAUAUAAGCAUUUUUAGAAAUGUCAUCUGCUUCUACUAUCAUUUUAACUCUGACUACCACAAAGUGUUAAGUAUUCAUUGUUAAACGCUUGUACAAUGCUUCACAUUUAUAUUUAUUUCACAGAGGUCUCAUAAUGUUUGUGCACUCAAGAGCAGGACUAUUUGGAGAAAAUCCAUCAUUUUAGAAAAAUUAAUGACAAAAUUCUCAUUUUUCUUAAUUAGCACUAGUUUUAGGGCCUGACAAUGUUUCUGUUAUAAAGCAUUAUGCUUGCAGAGGCAAAUGUGCUACUUUUCAGUGAGAGGCAAAAAGUUUUCUGACCUAUUUUACCCUAUUACAGGGCAAAACAUUACUUUUUUAAAAAAUAAGAAAAAUGAAGUAAGUGGCAAAGCUGUAUAAAUACAUGACCUCUAGGGCAGGGGACAGCUUUAAUGACAGAGGCCUUGCUCCGGUGGAAAAACCUGCUCUUGUUGGAGAGCCACACUCACAACUACCUAAGCUUUUUCAGGAUUGGGUCUUGGCUAAGUAACUUCUGAUUUUUCAAAAUCGCACGAUUUAGUUUUCAUGGAUGUAUGGAUAAUGGGCCUUACCUGUCUUUUCACUGGUUGCUACACAUGGUUUGUUUUCUAGAAGUCCUUGGAGCUUUUUUAUGCACCGACAGGAUGAACAGGUUUUUUUUCUAAGGCUGGCUGUUGUGAAGAAGGGGAGAAGAAAUAAAAACAUUUUUACCAAUUUUUCCUUUGUCUAUGUAGCCCACAACUGCAAAGUGCUCUAAUAGAAACUUAUUUUCCCUGUAGUGAGGGCUACAGUGGAGAAAGAACUGGAAUGUGCCAAGAAAAUGAAGUUUAGUAACAAGCCAUAUAUUUAAUGAACCAAUAUAUCUUUCCUAGUGCUCUUCAACAUAUUUAUUGAUGUGUUAGCAUUUAGCUCCCUAUGGGGCUUAAAAUCACUACUAAUUACAGCUGGUCCUACUUUUUUUGAUAUCCUAUUACUCUUGUCAGCAGUUCCAGAGGCUGAUGUUAAGCUGUCCUGUGAUACAGAAUCUCCCCCAGUGUGAAAUCUGUCUUUGAACUUCUGCUGAGCAAAAUGAAAUGUUCCUAGUGCGGAAGCCUUGAUGAAGCAACCUGCUUUUACAGGCAAAUAUCUCUAGUAGCAUCUUCACCAUCACAUUCAUGGUCUCUGAAAUGAGGUGGGAAAUCCUGGCAGUGGAGCAAGCAGAGGGCUCACAUAUGGGUUUCUGAAGAUCCUUCUUUCUGCUGCGUGUGCAAAAAUAUUUGCUCCCAAAUGGGUACUGAUAUGCAUAGGCCAAAGUUGUAGUAAAAUUCACAUCUGCGUGCAAAGAAAACAGUGCUUAAUGCUAUACUCCAUGGUGUUACAGCUGAACAUGCUACAUUAAACAAUAUACCUCCUAUUUAUUAUCUACUGCUACUGUGUAACUUGCUGUAUACAGGUAUUUUCUUCAUUUCCUUUUAUAACUAUGAAUAACAUAAAUGUAGCCGUUCCUUAAUUACAACCGUCUGUAGGAAGCUCCUUUUCAUCAUUAGGAGAAAGUAGUUAGAGAUAAUCAGAGGUUUGGGCUGUGUGGUCAAGUUUUUUUGUUUUAGGGUUGUUGUUUUUUUUUUGUGGUGCCAUUCUAAUGUUUUGCAAUUGUAAUUCUGGAAUACUGUGAAGUCUGUUGAAGGGGUAUAUUUUCCACCUUGAAAACAAACAUUAUGUGACCUCUAAUAAUAAAUCCUUUUUCAGUAAAAGUACCAAGUUUCUGGAGUAACUUAGUUUGUCAGAAUUGUUGUAAAUGAUUGGUUUGUGAAUUGUGCAGAUGAUCUUACCUAUGCAGCCUUGUUUUUGACUUUUCUCUGGUUUGUACUGUUAUUAAAAGUUUAUUGUAUUAUA